AGUGCUUCAAACGGUGCUUGGCACAUAGUGAGUGCUUAAAUGCCGUCAUUAUUAGCAGUAUUAUUUUCCAAACCUUCUUCAUUUCAGAAUAUUCCCGUGUCUUCAUGGACAGAGCGUGUUAUGGGUGGAUAAACACGGCUCCUCCCUGCGUCAGUCCAGACGGCGGAUCUCGCUUCCCACCAUCCCCGAUGAACCGCCCGGCCGCAGCCGCUCUCACCGAGACCGGCUUCCUGCCUUCCUCUCCCUCUCCGUGAUGGCAAGAACAGCAGAAUCCCGGGUGUCCGAGAGGGCUUCCCAUCCCUACGCUAAUAAUGUUGGUAUUUGUUAAGCGCUUACUGUGUGCAGAGCGCUGUUCUAAGCGCUGGGGGAGAUACAGCCAUCCCAGCCCUCCCUCCCCCUCCGCAUCCACCCUCCGAUCCGGCCUUCUCCCCUCUCCCGCGGGGAACGGCUGACCUUCUCGCCUUCUCUUCGUCGGAUCCGACUGGGGGAACAUGUCCGAGGACAGGGAACCCGCCUUCAAGGAAGAAAUCAUGGAAGAGGCGUCGGUGACGUUCGAGGACGUGGCCGUGUCCUUCGCCCAUAAAGAGUGGGAGGGUCUGAACCCCGCUCAGCGCAACCUGUACUGGGAUGUGAUGCUGGAAAAUUAUGGGAAACUCGCCUCCCUGGGGUUUCCAGUUCCCAAACCUGAAAUGGCCCCCCAGCUGGAGGAAAGGAAAGACGCGUGGGGCCGGGACCCGCGGGAGCCCGAGGAGAGAGAGACCCGGAAAGAUCCCGGCGCAGACGCGGCCUGGGAGCGGGGCCGGGGCGGAGGCGGCGGGGCCAAACGCGCCCACAAGACGGUGACGUUCGAGACCAAGAUGGAGAUCCUGCGCCGCCUGGACGGCGGGGAGAGGCAGGGCCAGGUCGCCCGCUCCCUGGGCCUGCCCCACUCCACGGUGAGCACCAUCGUGAAGAACCGGGCCCGGAUCGUGCGCUACGUCCAGAGCGCGGGCAGCCUGCAGUCCGUCAUGGUCAACCCCAAGCGGGGCGUGCUGCUGGAGGAGAUGGAGCGCCUGCUGACCAUGUGGCUGGACCACCAGGCCCAGAAGCGGGUCCCCGUCAACCAGGCGGUCAUCUCGGCCAAGGCCAAGAGCCUCUACGACGACCUGAAGAAGCGGCUGGGCGAGGGGGCCAAGGAGGAGCCCCCGUUCUGCGCCAGCCACGGCUGGUUCGCCCGCUUCAAGCGGCGGGCGGGCCGGCCGCACCGGAGGCUGACGGGCCGGCCGGCCGGCCCCGCGGCCGACGCGGCCUCGGCCUACCGGGCGGAGCUGGCCGGGCUGAUCGCGGGCGGCGGCUACUGCGCCCGCCAGGUGUUCAACGUGGACGAGACGGGCCUGUUCUGGAAGAAGCUGCCCGACGGCACCUACCUGGCCCGGGAGGAGAAGAGGGCCCCCGGCCACAAGCCGGCCAAGGACCGGCUGACCCUGCUCCUGGGCGGGAACGCCGCGGGGGACUUCAAGGUCAAGCCGCUCCUCGUCUACCACUCGGAGAACCCCAGGGCCUUCAAGGGGAAGGUCAAGGCCUCGCUGCCGGUGGUGUGGCGGUCCAGCCCGAAGGCCUGGGUCACCCCCGCCCUCUUCCAGGACUGGUUCGCCGGCGAGUUCGUGCCCGCCGUGCGGGCCUACCUGCGGAGGCACGGCCUGGCCUUCAAGGCCCUGCUGCUGCUGGACAACGCCCCCGGCCACCCGCCGGCCCUGGGGGGGCUGGUCCCCGAGGUGCAGGUGGCCUUCCUGCCCCCGGCCGCCACCUCGCUGCUGCAGCCCAUGGAGCAGGCGGUCAACGCCAUCUUCAAGCGCUACUACGCCCGCCGCACGCUGACCCAGGCGCUGGCCGCCACGGGCGGCGCCGCCGGCCCGACCCUGCGGGAGUUCUGGAAGGGCUACGACAUCUGGACGGCGGCCCACAACGUCGGGGACGCCUGGGCCGAGGUCGGGGCCCCCACCCUCAACGGCUCCUGGGCCCAGCUGUGCCCCCAGUUCCUGGCGGCCGACCCCCGGGCCGCCCCGGAGACCACCGAGAGGCUCACGCGGGAGAUCGUCGCCCUGGGGCGGCAGCUGCGGCUGGAGAUGGACGAGGCGGCCGUCGACGGCUGGAUCGCCGCCCACCCGGAGGAGUCCCUGUCCAACGAGGACCUCCUCGAGUUCCGCCGCUGCGGGGCCCCGGGGACGGAGGCCGGGGGUCCGGCCCCCCCGCCCCCCGCCGCCGCCGCGCCGGUCCCGGGCCCCGGGGGGCUGGCGGUCAUCUUGAAGAAAGCCGACGAGCUCCUGGAAGCCAUCCUGGAGGAGGACCCCGACCGGGAGAGGGGCGCGAAGGUGCGGCGGGGCGUCCAGAGGGAGCUGGCCUGCUACCGGGGGCUCCACGAGAAGCAGAAGAGGAAGAGGAAGGCGGCGGCCACCCCGCCCGAGGCGGACGGGACCCCGGCCAGAGCCGAGAGGCCGCCCCCGCGGCCGGCCGAGGAGGCGUCCGCCGCGGCCGACUCCCGCGGGGGCCCCCCUUCCCGCCCUGCCGCCCCCCCUCCGGUUCAGUAGCGCGCCGUCCCCGCUGUGGAAUGCUUUAAUAAAAAGGAAACGGUUCUCGA